AAUCCUUUGCAUCGUAUAUUCGUUUAUGGGACCUUGAAAAGAGGAGAACCAAAUCAUAAACUUAUACAAGAUAAAACUAAUGGAUAUGCGAAAUUUCUUGGAAUCGCUAAAACUACUUCUUCUUAUCCAUUAAUUAUUGCUACUAAAUAUAACAUUCCAUUUUUGUUGAAAAAACCAGGAGUCGGUCAUCACGUGAUCGGCGAAAUAUAUGACGUUGAUUCGAAGAUGUUGACAAAGUUGGAUGAGCUGGAAGAACAUCCAAAUUUUUAUGAGCGAACGAAAGAGGAUGUUUUUAUGGCACCCGAAUCUAAACUCAAGCAUAAUAAAAAUAUCCAAGAGGUUGGCAUGUUAACGAAAGCCUGGAUUUAUUUUUUACCAAAAUUUAGAAGUUCUUUACUGGAAGUACCCAUAUACGAAUCUUACAGCAACGAAGGAAAUCACGGAUUAAAAUAUGGAGAAAAGUAUGUCCGUGAUCCUAUGCACGAUCAUAGGAAUGAGGUUCAAUGAAUAAAUUUAUCAAAAACAUAAGGCAAUUAUUUUUAACUGCUAUCUUUACAGCGACGAAAGUACUGCUACUAUCGGAGACGUACUUUGACAAUGAUCAAGGUCAUAUAUGCAAUAAAUGUCGUUGAAUUUAAUAUGACGGU